AGUGCUGGGGCUCACGCAUUGAUGGAGACCGGCGUCGAUGUGGUGCUGUUAGAAUUUUGGGUUAUAGAAAGUGGGCGGUGCGUUUUCGAUGGGACUGUGGGUGCUCCGCGUUUUGGGUUUGCGUGAGGAUGGGAGAUGGCGGUAACCUGGACGAAUGAGCAGUUCUUGGGCCCAACUCCGGUGGCUGUGUUGCUUCUUUUGACUUUUGGGCUUAGUCAGAAAAAAGUAGAAAAAGAAGCAAAAAUAGAAAAAAUAGACUCCAGGUUGCUAGGCAGUCGUUUGUUGAGUUGCGGGUGGAACAGGCGGUCUCAGAGCAUUAGAUUGUGCCCUGGUACUUGUUACUGUGGCGAUUCGGGCGGGGUGAAAACCUUCGAGUCAUGGCUUUUUGGAGGUGUGUGUAUAGGCUUUUGAUAGUCUUUCUGUCGAUUCCCAAGGUGUUAGUGGGUCUUUCGCAGGCGUGGCCUCGAUUUUCUUCUGUUCAAACUUUCGUCUACUGCUGCUGGUAGUUUGAUUGUUAGGGGGUGUGAGAAGUGGCGCUCGCAAGUUCCGUAGAAAGAAUGUUCUGGGAUUUUCCUUGCCGGGGUCCGUAUGAAUGAUGUUCGAUAAGAGCCAUGUGUGCUCUGGCGAAGUCUCUAGCGCUGUAACUCGGGUGACUUCGCAGUCUACUGAAACUUUCUUACAAAAUGGUGUGAAUGAAGAAGUCCGCAAGUUUAUUCAGGAACAGAGGCUUUAAGUGUACCUUCUGCAUGCUACUUGUUACUACCAUGGUGCACUGAUGACUACUUUAAGAUAUUGAGACACGUUGAAAUUUUGAAACGAUGAAAGAGACUGAUGUAAGCGCGGAUGAAGCAGAAUUUAGGACGUCUGAACUCAACUUGGACGAAUUUACGGGUACAGAACCUGGUCUCUCGACAAGCAUGAGAUGCUGGGAAGGGGAAGUGGAAGUAGAAGACCGGUGGGGGAUAGGGUCGCCAUCAACGAGGCCAUAUAGUCGGUCUCCACAUGAUGCAUUCCAAAAUCUAGAAAGGUUCAAAUCAAGGCAUCGUACAUCGCGCAGGAUUCAUCGUGCAGGCCGAAGAAUAUUCUCAUGCUUUCGGCACAGCACUAUUAACCUGACGGUGCCAGAUUUGGAACCAAGCACACCGCCCAGAAGUGGACCUCUAAUAGCACCGCGCACGAGUGUCAGCGGUGCAAAUGGCCUAACCUUUAUGGACGUUGCUAUUGAUCGUCACCAUCACACUGAGGACGAACAAACGGAUGCUGUUGAGCCAACCUCUCCAGUUGUGAACUGCAUGGGACAGGUAAAAUCAAAGAAAACGCUAAAACAGUGUAGAAGAAGUGAGGCGGCGAGGGAGAGAACCAAUCUAGAGAAAUUGCGGCGGACAAAGUCUCAAACUUCAGAUUCACCCCCAUGUGCUGCUAAAGCCAAGGUAUUCAAGUGGAAACAUCUCUUGCGGUCUUCAUCAAGUUCCAUAAGUCCAAGCAAUCAUCCACCGUGUGAGGGAGAGAUUGACUUGGGCCGGUUCAGCUCCGCAAGCGGAACUUCAGAGCCCUUCGGAACCCUCUCUGCUGAGAAACGGCGAGAUAAAACCUGUCUGUUAAUGCAAAGGAAUUGUGGACGAACCAUCCCCACUGGAAGAGACGGAGGUGACAACACUCUCAAGCUCUUGCAAGAACAACUUGAUGCAGGAAAUUCUGGCGACGUUGUUGAAGUUGUACAGCAAGAAGCCGCAGCCCAACGUAAACCAGUUUCCAGAAAGCUUCGGAACUCGAAAGCAAUCCAAAUCGAAUCCCCAAAGUGGUUUGCGGACGAGGUACAGCUUCGUAGACGGCAGGGAGUACUUAAUCCGAAUCCAAUGCUCGACUCCCAGACCUCCUCCACACCUCCGUGAAGCACAUAACGAGCCUUUUGUGCGACAGAUAAAAUGGAAGCCAUGAUGAAUAAGUUGCACUAUGCUCACCAUCGGAAAGCAGGGUCAGCGAGACAGAAAAAGGAAAAAAGAAAACAUCACUGACGAACAGCCGAAACUUCAAAAUGUCGAUGUUCCUAUCGCGAAACGGGAGGGUCUGCCACAAGAGUACAAACUCUCUGAGGAUGCUCCCAGAAUAUAUGACGAGGCACCGACUGACCUUUGUUACACUAGUCCCAAGUGUUUCGGCCAACUCAUCUUGUGCUGACUCAUUUGUGUAUAUGUAGAAUACUUCUCCCAACUCCCGUUUUGUGACACUACUUGUAGGAUUUUUUCUGACGCCAUUUAGUCAGAUAUAAGGGAACCCACCAAUCUAGCUGUCGUCUUCCUGAGAUGGACGUCUCCUUCCCGCAAGAGACCAGGUCAGACACGCGAACUGUUGAGAUGGGUAUUUUCAGAGACUCAUGACCUGACUCUAAGUUGAACGUGCCAAGCAAAUGUAUUCAUCUUGUGCGGGGGUCAUAUUUUCGCACAUGAAGUGCACAACUAGCUUGUUCUAAAUCUUAUGUGGAAACCCAAAUCUUGACUUGUGCGGAAGGUAAUCGAAGUGUUGCAUGUG